UUUCGCAGCCGCACAUUGUGUCAGUGUGUUUCAGCACGCGACAAAGAACUGUCGUGGUGGGAACGUAGUUACGUCCGUGUGCAAGAUAAGCUGAAUUGCCGAUUUUGUUGCUUGCAAGUUAAUAUCACUAAACAUUUUCUCUAUUGAAUAUUAGCUUGAAACAGCUAAAAUCUCUCGGAAAAAGACUAAAAAUAGAUUUACCAAGAUGGAUCUUCUGAAUUUAUUUGAUUCAAAGAAGGAAUUUAGACGUGCUCCUGUAGCAGUUAGAAAUAGAAAUGAUGAUACUUCAAGUGAAUAUUCUGAGUAUAAUACCGUAUACUCUUGUGCAACGGAUUUUCCAGUUUAUUCGGGUACUGACUAUGCAAAACGAUAUCAAGAAGAAGAAAAAGAAUUGAUCAUGCAAGUUCAGAAUGUUAAGAUUAAUGAUCCCAAUGAUCCAAUGGAUCUCAUAUCAGAAGGGACCGUCCCGGUUAGUCUUGCAACUGAGUUAACACAAGCAAAAAGUAUGGAUCCACUUGAUAAAAAAUACGACUUUGAACACCGACCUUGUAAUUUGCCUAUUAUGGAAAAUAAAGAAGAUAUAUUGAACAUGGUCAAUUCACAUAUGAUAGGAAUUAUUGAAGGCUCUACUGGUUGUGGAAAAUCAACUCAAGUACCUCAGUUUUUUUUAGAUUAUUGUCGUGAACAUCAUUUGAACUGUAACAUUAUUGUGACUCAACCCAGAAGAAUUGCAGCUUUGAGUAUUGCUAAAAGAGUUGCUAAAGAAAGGAAGUGGCCUUUAGGAUCAAUAGUUGGCGUUCAAGUUGGAAUGUUUAAACUAGUCUCAGCAGAUACAAGAUUGACAUACUGCACAACUGGUGUAUUAUUAAAUAAGUUGAUGCAAGCUAAAAGUUUAGCUGAAUAUACCCAUAUUAUUAUAGAUGAAGUUCAUGAAAGAGAUAAAGAUAUGGAUUUUCUUUUGCUGGUUAUAAAAAAGUUAAUUGCAACCAACAGUCGGAAUAUUAAACUUGUGUUGAUGUCUGCAACAUUUAAUGUUGACAAAUUCUCAAAAUAUUUCGCUAUAGCUACUGAAAAAGGCCUCAUGCCUGCUCCAAUCACGUCAGUUGCAAAAAAACGAAAUUACAAAGUAUUUAUUCAUUACCUUUGUCAGAUUCAUGUUUUGGGAGCUGUCCCUGAAGUUAGUUUUGAAAAACCUGAAGUUUCACAUCAUAUGAUGCAAUUUUGCAUUCGGCUUUUAAAAAUUUUUGAUGAAAUUGAUUUGAAUGAUGAAAUGGAUGAUGAUGAUAAUACUGAUAAUAGGCAGCGCCAUACUGUACUAAUGUUUCUACCAGGAAUUUAUGAAAUCGAAGAAAUGCAUGGUCUUCUAUCAAGUUUUACUGACUUAAAAUGGGAUAUAGUGGUAUUACAUUCUUCUAUUACUCAUGAAGAACAAUCCAAAGUAUUUACACCACCUCCUAAAGGAUACCGGAGAGUCAUUUUAUCUACUAAUAUUGCUGAAAGUAGUAUCACAAUUUCUGAUGUGAAGUAUGUUAUUGAUUUCUGCCUAUCAAAACAACUUGUUACUGAUCAAACUACAAAUUUUCAAAGUCUGGAACUUUGUUGGGCUAGUAAAGCAAAUUGUGACCAACGUAGUGGACGUGCCGGCAGAGUAAUGGAUGGAAGGGUGUAUCGUUUGGUACCUAAAGAAUUUUUUGAUGCUCUCAACCCAGAAAGUGAACCUGAAAUCAGAAGAGCUCCACUAGAAAAUCUUGUACUUAAAUCAAAAAUCAUAGAUUUGGGUCCUCCCAAAGCAAUUUUAGCUCUAGCAAUUGAUCCACCAGAUUUGAGUAAUAUCACCAACACUGUUUUACUUCUCAAAGAAGUAGGGGGUUUAUUAAACAAACCAUAUUAUAGUAAUAAGCUAGAUCUAGUUAGUAAACAUCAUUCUUAUGAUCCAUUUGACGGCAUACUUACCGAUCUAGGUCGUAUUAUGGAAGCACUUCCACUGGAUAUUCAUUUAGCAAAACUUAUUGCUCUUGGUCAUGUAUUUAAUGUAUUGCGUGAAACUAUAAUAAUGGCUGCUAGUAUGGCUGUAAGAAGUAUUUUCAGUUAUCCUUUCCAAAAAAGAAUGCAAGCUUAUGAACAUAAAAUCGAUUGGGCUGAUGGAUCUACUAGUGACUGUCUAGCAUUUCUCAAUGCUUACAGAGUUUGGCAAAGGCAUAUAAUUGCUAACCAUUUUAAACGUAAGAGCCAGGCAGAAAGAAUGUGGGCAGCUCGAAAUUUCAUCCAAAUUAAAGCAAUGCAUGAAUGUGAUUAUCUUAUUGAAGAUAUUACGCUCCGUUUACAAAAACUGGGUAUUAAAGAAACUGAAGGUAGUGAAAAAGUUGUUAUUGAUGACAUCAGAGGGUUCAUAUUAAAAAUUGUUAUUGCUGGAGCUUUUUACCCAAACUAUUUUGUAAAAAUAACUUCUGAUGCCGAACACCAAAAUAAAGAAGCUACCAGAACAUUGGGUGGACUAGAUCCUUCAAGAACAGUAUAUCUUAGAGGCUGGCCAUUAGAUCAACCAGGAAGGUUGUAUGCAAAGGAAAUUCAAAAACUUUUUGCACAUGCUUUUGAAGAAAGAGAAGAACCAGUAUGGAAAAAUGCACUUGUAGAAUUUGAUUCUUCCCAAAGAAUUUACGUCAUGUUUCCUGAUGAUAAUCAGACUAAAGAAAAGAAGCACUUUGAAAUUCCUGGAAAAGUGUCAUCUUAUGUGUACAAAGCACUAAAAUUGAGAAAAUUGUUUGACAGAAUGAGCGUAAAAGUUCCUGAUUCUAAGACUAGCAAAUUGAUAGCAGAAAAACAAUAUAUUCCAUUUAAAGAUAGUUUUACAUUUUACACCAAAGAAAAUUACGAUAAUUUCGUUAAAAUUCUACCAAAAUUCCUUCCAAAAUUGCCAUCGUUGAAUACAAAAACGAUUCAAAUACGAGUUAUAAAGGAUGAAACUAAUUUUAAACCUAGUCAAUUUUGGGCUCAGUAUGAUAAUAAGGAGGCAAAAAAAGAUGCUCAAAAAAUUGAGGAAUAUCUUAAUAGUUCAAAAGUAUCACUUGAAAAGUUUGAUGUACUUCCAGAUGUUGGUUCACUUGUUGCAGCUAAGAAAAACGAUAUGUAUUAUCGUGCUGUGAUUGAAUAUUAUUAUAAAAUAAAUAAUAAUGAUGCAGCUAGAGUAUUUUUUAUUGACAAAGGAUUUGCAUGUCCAGUUGCUGCAACUGAAUUGCGUGCAAUUAAAAACCAAAAUAUCAGUAAUUUACCUGCCUUAGCUUUUGAAUGCAGAUUGAGUGGUAUUGAACCAUCGGCAAAAAAAGAUGUAAAUGGAGAUUGGUGUUCAGAAGCUCAGAAUUUGUUUGAUCUAUACAUGAGUGAUAAAUUCAUUAUUUUUGGGACUGUUUAUUCUGUAGUUGAUAGUGUGGUAUCUUUAGAUAUUGAAUGUGUUGAUGGCAAAGAGAAAAUUAAACUUAAUAAAUUACUUGUGGGGAAUGAAUAUGCUCAAGAACGUGAAGAAAGUUACUUGUCUAAAUAUAAUCAUGAUUUGCGUGAAUCAUACCAAGACUUCAAACCAGAACAAACAAAGUAUUUAGAAUUUCAUCAAUAUGAUAAAAAAUAUUUAAUUAAUGUUUACCCAAAUCCACCGGAUGAAGAUAUUUGUAGUCAUGAUAUCAUGCUUAUGGGACCUUAUUCGCCGUUAGAAAUACAUCUUGCAAGUCUUUCAGCAAGUGCUACUAACAAAACUGUUUCUAUUGAAACUAUAUCAGUGAAUUCCAUUUUGCUUGAUUCAGAUUUAGAAAGCCCUUACGAAAGACUGGUGGUUUCAAGUGUUAUAAAUCAAUCAAGAGAUGGUUCCAAGCUUACAUUAAGAGACACAACCCUUAUGCCACUUGUACCAGGUCUAACAGCUUUAAUUUGUUUGAUUUUUGCUCCAAAAAUUGAAUUAAGAAGAAAUACCAAAGGCAGUCAUUAUGUCGGAGCUCUAUGUGGCUUAGGAGCAGACCCAAAAAGAGGUAUAGCUCUAAUGCCCGAACACGAUAUAGAAGUACUUUUCAACACGGAAUUUACUAUUGAUGAUUUGCAAAACAUUAACCGACUACGUCAUUGGAUGAACAUGGGCAUAUGCGUGGCUCAGAAUGAAGAUGAAGACUUGGAAGAGCAAGCAAUGAUGUGUCAACAUAAAGUAAUUCAGUUUAUAAGGACAUUAACUGAACGGAAUAAAACUUAUCAGAAAUCCGAAAAAAUUGCAAACUUUGAUAAAUGGAAUUUAUAUGAUAAAACUCUUUUUAUGCGUCCAACUAACAAAGUCAUGAAAGAGGACAGUGUUUACCCAUUACAUUCAGCUUUAAUGCUUGAUGAAAGAGAUGAAGAUAUUGAUAAUUUAGUGGACCACAUUGAAGAACUGAGAUAUAUGGCUGUUUGUGAUCCAAGACAAUCGAAUAAAAUUGAUGUUGUUUGUCAACUAUGUGACAUGCAAUUUUUCUACAGACAUGAUCUUAGAAAUCAUUUAGUAAGUGCAGAUCAUAUGCGAGCAGAAAAGCAAUUGCCAAUGCGUUGAUGAACAAGGAUUAAAUAAGAAAUCUUCACUUUAUUUUUUGACGAAGAUUUUACAGUAGAUUUAGAUAUUGGCCUUUGUAAUAAUUUAAUUUUAUUUUAAAAAUGACGUUUUUUUUUUAUCCAAGUCAUUGAAUAUUUUAAGUUUUUAUCAUCAAAUUACCAGUUUGACUUUUUAUCGAGAUAUGACUAAAAUAGUAAAAUAAAUGUAGCUCUUCCAUUA